UUGGAGUGGGUACUGUGGGUGGGCCAUAAUAUCAGUGCCAGGUUUCUCUGGGGCACGUCCAUUGUGGAGUUGGAGCAGUGGCAGCUCGGUAUGAUCCCACUCGGUAUGAUCCCACAGACCAUAAUCCUCCUCACCCUGCUCUCCCCGAACUCCAUCUGGGCUGAAGAUGAGGCGACUAUCGAGGGGGAGUGGGAAAAGAACCCCAAAGAUGGGGAGAGACAAUUUGAAAACCUCCGCUCCUCCAAAGAUGCAUCUAGAAGAAUUUGGUUCCUAAAAAAUGUCUCGACCACUGAAGAUUUUAUCAAUGAGGCUCGAAUUUGUAUCAUCGGUUUUAUCAAGGAUCUGGAAUCCGACGAUGCAGUGACGUUUAACGACCUCGUGGACACCGUCAGGAAUUUACCUUUUGGUAUCACUUCAGAGAGCGCUGUCUGGGAGAAAUAUAACAUUACCCACAACACCAUCACCCUCUUCAAGAAGUUUGACGAAGGGCGUGCGGACUUUCAGUUUAACGAAGGGGAGCUGGAACACGACAAAAUCAUUCAGUUUCUGCGACAGAACGAGAUGCGUUUGGUCAUCGAGUACAAUCACAUGGAUGCCAGCCAGAUUUUUGGGUCAGGGAUUCCAAUUCAUCUCCUGCUCCUGGUGAGCAAGAGAUCUGCAGAAUACAGACCGCUCCUAAAACAGUUGAGAACUGUUGCCCCUGAGUUUCGGGGGAAGGUGAUUUUUAUUCUGGUUGACACAGAUGUGAAAGAAAACAGCCGCGUGAGCACAUAUUUCAAGGUGAAGGAAGCUGAACAUCCAUCACUUUGUCUUUUUCACGUGGCGACAGAGGCUGUUGCUGUGAUGAAAGCCAGUAACAUCAGCUCGGAUUCCUUACGGGAAUUCUGCACUAACUUCAUGGAGGGGAAAGACACGAGCAUUGUCAAACCUCCAAGACCUCCAUCUGAAGAGCUAUAAAUCAUCAGGAGUGGAUAUUGUUUUGUUUGCAUUUUCAUACAUAACCAUCACAGCAAUCGACCCAAAAUAAAGCUCCAUGAUUCACUGUGGAA